AGAUGUUCAGGUAUUGAAACAUUUGAUCACUCUAGGGAAGUGCUGGUGUAUCGUAUUUACGCUUAACGGCGCAUAACAAUUACAAACAGGCAAAAGUAUAAACCUGAAAAUUUUUAAAACGCUAAAAUAAAAUAGCAAAUGAGAUGGAUUUCGAUGCUGUGUUAAAGAAAUGUGGCAAUUUCGGGCGGUUCCAGUUUCUGGUCCUGCUAUGUUUCAGUCUGACUAACCUCCUUUCAUCGGUGCAUUACUUUGCGCAAACGAUAAUUAGUUUCACGCCGAAGCACUGGUGUUACCAUGAAAAGCUGUCAAAUGCCAGUUUCGAUGAAAUUCGCGCUGUCUACGCACAAACGACUGAUCCACAUUGCACCCUGCUAGAUGACAUAGUCGAUGGCCAGCCGAUUGUAGCGGAAGUCGGUAAAUGCCGGAGGUGGAUAUAUGAAUAUGAAAGUGGUUAUAUAAGCGUUACAUCAGAUCUUAACUGGGUAUGUGAAGAAGCUAUACAAUCUGCGAUCGGACAAUCUCUCUACUUUGUGGGAUCUGUCAUCGGUACGGUUUUCUUCGGAUAUCUCGCAGACAAAAUCGGUCGACUCCCUGCGUUGAUCUGCACCACACUUACUGGAGCGAUAGGCGACUUUCUCACAACUUUUUCCACCAAUUUGCCAAUAUAUUCUAUUUUUCGAUUCAUUUCGGGCUUAUCCACGGACACAUUUUACUAUCUGAUGUACAUAAUGGUCUUCGAGUAUCUUAGUCCAAGUAAGCGUACACUCGGUCUAAAUAUGGUAACUGGUAUAUUCUAUUUCCUUGGUUUGGCUUUGUCCCCCUGGUAUGCACUAUGGUCAGGUUCAUGGCGUGGCUAUCUGUACAUCGCAUCUGUACCGGCUCUACUUGUUCUAGUAUACCCGUUUUUAAUUUGUGAAAGCGCGCAAUGGCUGAUAGCAACACAGCAAUAUGAUCGCGCGGUUAAAUGUCUCAAACAUGUUGCCAAAAUCAAUAAACGCGAGGUGAAAGACGAGGUUUUCGAUGAAUUCAUAGCACACUGUAAGCAAAAGACAAGUGAAGAACUCACGAAGAAAGCUAAUAAAGACACCUUUUGGGGCAUGUUUCGCACACCACGUUUGCGCAAAUUCGCCAUUUUGAUGUUGUUGAAGAACAUAUUUCUCGCACUCGCGCUGGAUGUGAUCAGCCGCAAUAUGGAAGGCAUGGGCAGCUCGCCAUUCGUACUUUUCUCGACCACUUCGGUUGUAUAUGUUGUGGGAGGUUUAACUAUAAUCUUGCUACAAAAUCACAUAGGUCGCAAGGGGAUGGCCUUCAGCACCUUCUUAGUCAGUGCCAUUAUUAUCGGCGCUAACAGUAUCCUCAUCGCUUUACUUGAAACCGAGCGACAUGCUCUACUCUUCGCUAUUAUGACUGGUCUCGGCCGUUACGGCGUUGUCGUGAGCUACGAGGCGGAAACACAAUAUUCCUCCGAAUUCCUACCAACCACCGUACGUGGCCGUGGCAUGGCCAAUAUACAUGUGGCUGGUUUCGCUUUUACCAGCCUACAUUCCUAUGUUAUAUAUUUAGGGUAUUUCUACAAACCCCUUCCGUCGAUCUGCAUAUCUUUAGUAAUGUUCCUUGCAGCAUUAUUGUGCCUCUCACUGCCAGAGACCAUGAAUCAAAAACUACCGCAAACUUUGAAAGAUGGUGAGGACUUUGCGCGAAAUCAGCGCUGGUACUAUUUUGUUUGCUUCGAUAAGACGUUAAGCAAGAUGGACGGUGAUGUCAGCAAUGACAGUCAUUGAGAUAUAGAAAAUUGAUAAGUGAUUGUUUUGCUAAUAAUACCUAAGGUUUGUUAUUCGCAUUGAAUGAGUGUUUAAUAUAUUUUUUUUAUGAAGUUGAACAUGGAAAUUGUAAAUUUUAUUCAAAUAUAUGAAUAUGCAGACGUUUGUAAGCUUAUAACUUGAUAACUUUGUUUGUAUUCUCUCAAGAAAAUUUAAGAAAUAAAGUCAUAAAUGCUGACAGGAU